CAGAUAUGGAGUGAGAACAUAGGACAGCACACCAACUGCAACCGAAAUUAUAAAGACAACUAUAGCUGCCCCUUAUUAUUCAAUCCAUUACUAAAAGGAACAGAAACCCAAAAAUAUGUUUCAGUUUUUCUACUUGUCUCUCAUCCUACAUACAUAAAUCUAUCUGCAAAACAUGCAAAAUCAAAAUAUGAACUUGGUUCUGUCCACUGACGCUAAGCCUAGGCUAAAAUGGACUCCAGAGCUUCAUCAAAGAUUUGUUGAAGCAGUCAAUCAGCUUGGAGGUGCAGAAAAGGCAACACCAAAAAGUUUGAUGAGAAUGAUGGGAAUCCCUGGACUUACUUUGUACCACCUAAAAAGCCAUUUACAGAAAUACAGGUUGGGAAAAAGCCAACAGGCUGAAACCUGCAUUGAGAAUAAGCAAGAUUGCACAGAGAGCCAGAGCAGUGACGGGAAUCUCACUAGGAAUACCAAUGAAGAAACAUACAAUCAGCUUAAAGAAGGCUUGCAGAUCGCUCGGGCUCUCCAAGUGCAACAUGAAGUACAGAAGAAACUUCACGAGCAGAUUGAGGUUCAGAGACAUUUGCAGCUGAGAAUUGAAGCUCAAGGGAAGUACUUACAGUCUGUCUUAAAGAAAGCUCAAGAAACGCUUGCCGGGUAUAAUUCUUCUUCUGUGGAAGUUGAAAUUGCAAAAGCUGAACUUUCCCAGUUAGUUUCAAUGGUUAACAAUGGCUGCCCGAGUUCUUCGGUCUCAGAACUAACAGAAGCAGGGACUUCAAGCUUAAAAGACGUCAAAAGCAAAGAGAUGAGAAGCACAAUUUGUUCCAUGGAAAGCUCUUUGACAUCAUCUGAGAGUUCGGGGAGAAAGGAAGAGAAACUGACAAUGAACGAGGUCGUGGACACUCAUAAAUCUACAACAUCUUCUGUUGAACUUCCAUUAAUGGAUCUUCAUAGUGGGAAGAAGAGAAGUGGAUGUACCAUUUCUGAUGCCUUUUGGGACGAGGAACCAGUUAAUAAGAUAUUAUCAACUGAUGAAGAGAAAAAUGGUGAGCAAUUGAAAAUUUCUGGACUAAUGGGUAAAUUUGACCUCAACAGAAAAUACCAGAAUGACAGUGAAACAGGUUCAAAAGCAAUAGACUUGAAUUGCAAUGGAUUAGCACAACUUAAUGGACCCAGAUAGAGUUUUGGAAACUUUAGAGUGAAUGGCCUUAAAUGAUGUAAUCUUUGCCGAAAACUUGAUAAUAUUUUGUUUAUAGAUUACGUAUAUGGUUAUAUAUAUAUAUGGACAACUAAGGGCUUAUGAAAGUAUAUGCAUUUCAAAAGAAGGUAUAAUGCAAUACUGUUUGUAUAAAUCAGUCUGUCACUUUGAGUGUCCCUUUUGUAAUGGCAUCUUGUCUUGAAAACAACUUAUUUACUGAUGUCUAUCUACCCAAAUGUUAGCUCAGCUAUUGGUAGCCACGGAGGCAUAGUCAAUAUUCAGCAAGGUCUUUCAAGAA